AUGCUGGCUACAUCGAUGAAACGACCCCGUGAUGAUGGUUUUACCAACUAUGAUGUAUCAAGAGAUGACAAUAUACGCCCGUCACAACAACUAAUGUCAUCGAUGAUCCGACCAAGAAAGAAACGUGCUAUGAUGACACAAUAUGAUGAUGAUGAUGAUGAUGAUGGAAGCUCUGCCCUGGGUCCAGGAUCAGAAAUAGACUCAGAUGAAUCGGAAACUGAAGAGUAUCCAGGUGACGAUGGAGAAACACCAGCUCAAGCUGGUAUUAUUGAACAUCUAAGUUUGAAAAACUUCAUGUGCCACGACUCCUUUGAAUUGAGCUUGGGACCACAGAUAAAUUUUAUCAUUGGAAGGAACGGGUCUGGUAAAAGUGCUAUUCUUACUGGAAUUUCGGUUGGAUUAGGUGCCAAAGCUAACGACACAAAUCGAGGUAGCUCAAUUAGAGAUUUGAUCAAAGACGGAAAAACCACAUCAAGAAUUAUACUCACUUUGAAAAAUGAAGGUCCCACAGCUUACAAACUGGAAGAAUUUGGUAAAAAAAUUAUAGUGGAGAGGAAAUUGCAGAGGACAGGAGGUAACAGUUAUGCAAUCAAGUCAGAAAGUGGUAAAAUUAUAUCUCACAAGAAGGCAGUGUUGGAUGAAAUAUUGUUUAAAUUUAACAUCACUGUUGACAACCCAUUGGCUUUCUUGUCUCAGGAUAAAGCAAGAGAGUUUUUGACCACUGCUACUGCAAAGACCAAAUUUGAAUACUUUUUGGCAGGUGCUUAUAUCACUGAUGUUCACAAUAAUCUUGAUGAGACUUACAGGAAUAUACAUGACAUUCGCACUAAAAGAGACCAGGCUGAAAAGUAUGCUAAGGCGUGCAAAGCUGAGUAUAAUCGAAUUGGUCAAAUAUAUAAUGCCCACAGGCGAAAUGACCACUUGAGGGCCAUUUCCAAAAAUUUGAAUGCCAAGGUGUACUGGUUUAACGUGCAAAGUUUGGAAAACAAAAUCAAAGAAUACAACGAGAGGAUUGCUACAGCUGAAGCUGAGUUGGAACAGACUAAUCUACGAAUUCAACAAAUGGACGAACUCAUCACUCUGGAGCAACCACAAGAAGAGAAGAUUCGCGAAGAAUUGAAACUGGCUCAAGCUGCACUUGAAUCGCAACAAAAUCGUUAUGAUGAAACCAAGGCGGUACGGUCACAAUUUAUAUCACAAAUGAACAUAAUCAAAGCUGAUAUUGCCAAAAAUGAAAAAGAGAUUGGAAACUUGCAAAAAAACAUAAAUUAUACUCAAGACAAGCUCAGGAAUGAACGUAAAAAGAUUGAAGAACAAGAGGGCGGCUCCAAAGAAGAAAUUCGCAACAAAUUGACUCAGGUUGAUGAACAACUUGCUAAACGUGAAGAAGAUAUGGCUGUAUGCAGGAAUAAGAUGAAGGAGUUACAUUCGAAUCCGGAUCCAAGACUCGAAGAAUUGACACAAGCACGAGAGUCUUCAAAUCGUAACUUAAGAGAGCUUCGUGCUAGACAAUCGGAUUUAGAAAAAGAACAAUUUUCAAGAUAUACUCCGUGGGAUGCUCGUAAAAUGCAAGGUGUAAUGCGUGAUAUUGAUCGCACACAAUGGCAAUCGAAACCAAUUGGCCCACUUGGAAGUUACAUUUCGGUGAAGAAACAAUACAACAAUUGGAAACCAUUGUUGGAUGCAAUAUUGAGCAAGAGUUUGGAUGCAUUUAUUGUACGUGAUGAAAGAGAUCGAGCUCAAUUGGAUAGGAUUUUGAGACAACACCAUGCAUUCCAUAAUAUCAUUGUUCGUAAAACAGAACGAUACCAUUAUGAGAGUGGGAAAGCUAGAGGCACAACCGUUUUGGACAUGCUUAAUAUUAGCGAAGAAGCCGUGUUGUAUGCAUUGAUUGAUAACAGCUCCAUCGAGAAGCUUAUCAUCGCUAGCACAGCUGAAGAAGCACGGAAGUUGUGCUAUGAACCAAAUGUCUAUGGAGCUUUGGUACAGUUCGGUAGCUCGUCGGGAAGUAGAGUAAGUCGUCAAAAUGGGGUGCUUAGACUGGAUCCAGUUUAUUAUCUGGGAAAACUUCCUAAGUUCGGAACCGAAAGCAAGAAUGAAUUGAUGGAUGAGUUGAGAGAAGAAAUCAACCAUGAAGCUGAGAAUCUGCGUAAUAUUGAACGCGAAUUCAGAAAUGUCAAAAUAAAAAUUGAUGAGAAGCGAGAGUCAUUGUACCAUCAGCAAAGUGAACUCAAACGGACUAUUGAUGGUUUGCGUCGUAAAAAGGCCAUUUAUGAGGACAAAAUUGAUAAAGAAAUCGAUGAAUCCAAUAUUUUAAAGUUACAAUUGAGAAUUGAGGAAGAUACUACACAAAUAAGUCGACUUGAAGGUGUUAUUGAAUCUCUUGAAGAAAACCUUGAACGGGCCACUGAGAAAUGCAAUGCAUGUGUGCAUUCACUCAAGGAAAUCAAGGAAGAACGCAGUGAGAAGGCUGAAAAUCAGAGAAUUGCUCAAAAGAAAUUGGAUACUCAUGAAGAGUACAUCAAGACAUUGAGAGGAAAAAUCGUCGACUCUGAAGGAAUGAAGCAAGAUUUUAGCAGAACGAUUGAAAAAUCUAGAGCCAAAAUUGGAAGAGCUGAAGCCAUGCUAGAAGAACAAAUAAAAUUUGCUCAGAGUCAUUCUAGGCGUGAUGAAGUGACAAUUACUGAGGAUGAUACCCAAGAAUCGAUAGCUGAAGCAUUUGCAGAGAUCCAAAGAGAAAUUAAAGACGCUGAACAAGUGUUGGGAUCUACUUUGGAAGAGGUUUUGAAGGAGCUUGAAGCCGCUGAACGCAAAUUGGACCAAGCAGUGGCGAGAGAGCUUGAGUUGGAAAAAAUAAUCACAGGAAUUGCCGAGGAGAUCAAUGCUCGUGUCUCGUUUUUCAAUGUUACCAUAAGACAUGCAGUAAGUAUGGCUGAACGAUCAUUUGAAGAUUCAAUGGAAAUUCGAGGUUUCAGAGGAACGUUGAAUAUGGAUUUUGAGAAACGCAUUUUAGAGUUGACGGUCAAGACUAAGAAAGAUGACAUGAAACGUACUGUUGAGUCGUUAUCAGGAGGUGAGAAAUCAUAUACCCAGAUCGCUCUCUUGUUGGCGAUUUGGCGAACUAUGAAUUCUAGAAUUAGAGGAUUGGAUGAGUUUGAUGUUUAUAUGGAUUCAGUUAAUCGAUCCAUUAGUAUCAAGUUGCUACUUCAUGAAUUGGCACGGUAUCCGAAAUCGCAAAAUAUUUUCAUUACUCCUCAGGAUAUUGCCGUUGUCGGAGACUUGAGUGGUGAUAAUGUACGUAUUCAUAAAAUGUCUGAUCCAAGGCGAGAUAAUUAA